AUGGGAAUUGAUCAUACUGAGCCUUUAAUUAAGCUUAGCCUUCAUCAUCUGAAAACUAGCAAAGCUUUGAGGAACUGGGGCUGGGAGACUUUUGGAAAUGUUUUUUCCAAUGCCAUAUCUGCUGAGAAGGAAGUUGAGAGGCUUGAGGCUGCUGUUCAGAAUAAUGCUGCCACUGAAACUGAGUUGCUCACUACCCAAACUAAUCUGAAUAAAGUUAUUGACAUCCAAGACAUGCUACUCAAACUGAAAGCUUCUAUCAACAUUUUUACUGAAGGGGACAGAAACACUAAAUGGCUUAAUGACAAUGAACUUAUAGCUAAGGAUGUAGUUAUGUACUAUAGCUCCCUCCUGAACUCUUCUGCUGAUCUCAUUUCUGAUUAUGAAGACUACUUUACUGAAGAAUCAAGUUACACCAGUCAGCUAAAUCUCACUGAACUCCCUUCAGAUGAGGAAAUUUGGGAAGCAUUGAACACAAUUGACAGCUCUAAAGCAGCUGGCCUUGAUGGCUUCACCGCUGACUUCUAUAAAAAAGCCCGGCACAUUAUCAAGAAGGAGGUGGUUGAGGCAAUCAGAAGCUUCUUUAGUGGAGCCAAUCUCUCUAGCUAUUUUGUUAACACAUCUAUUGUGCUUACUCCUGUGCUUACUCCUAAAGUUACUCCUAAAGAAGAUCUACAGAAGACUUGGGAACAUUUCAAUCCUAUCAGCCUUACAUCUUUCAUAAGCAAACUCAUAAACAAGAAACAAGAUCAUAGUCAGAAGAAUACUUCAGCCCCAUCUUCACAGGAUUAUCUGUCCAAACCAAACUGCUUUCAUUAA